CUGGCAGUGAAUUUUGGAACACAGCUCAAGAAGCAAGCAAGCAAGCAAGCCUCUCGGGCAGAGUAGCGUGUCGAAGGAAUUUGUAUGAAGGUUUCCUGAAUAUAUUAUUUAAUUAAUCAAACAUAAAGAAUAUUGUUAUUAUAUUAUCACAGAAAAACUUAUUUUUUUUGUAACGAAUGUACAAUUUGUAUAAUUGUUACGCCACCAAACAAUGGCUGUGAGAAAACUCCGACAUUGUGCACGUGUACCAUUGCGGAAGAGCAAGACGGAAACGUUAAAAAAUAACGACAAUCGACAACAAUGUACGAAAAUUAAAGACAAAAAGACUAUCGUCAUUGCGCAAGAAAUUAAGUUUGCGCGGCUCUUAGCCAAUAAUGACAAGAGGGUACGAGACAAGGUGUUAAAAAAUUUGAAAAAAUGGUUAACAGUACGUUCGCACAGCUCAUUUGCAUUUACAGAAGUGGAUUUUAUUAGUUUAUGGAAAGGUUUAUUCUAUUGCAUGUGGAUGUCUGACAAGAUGUUGAUUCAAGAAGAACUAGCAGAAUCCCUUAGUAAAAUAGUACAUUGUUUUAAUUCCAAAGAUACGAUCAUGCUUUAUACAGCCUGUGCUCUAAAAACACUUGCCACAGAAUGGUUUGGCAUAGAUCAGUACAGAUUAGACAAAUUUUAUAUGUUAGUAAGAAAGAUACUGCGUCAAACAUUUAUAGUAUGUAAGGAUAAAGCCUGGGAUAUGCAUUGGACAAAAGAGAUAUCUCAAAUAUUUGAAAAACUAUUUUUAUGUCCAAAAACUAACUUGGGUUUUAGUUUACAUGUAACAGAAAUAUAUCUGGAAGAGCUUGCAAAGGUCAGUGAUGGAGAAGUGCCGAAAGAAGCUGUGAGUGAAUUUAUUAGACCAUUUGUCAUUUAUUUAGUGACAACUAAGGAUGAACGUCAAAUGAAUCAUAUCAUGAAGCAUAUUUUCAGAUACCUUAUAUUUCAAUCAGAUAUAGGUAUUGAAUAUAUAGAAAAAUUUGAAGCUUGGAGACAAGCUGGAUUUCCUUGUACUCAUUUGGAUAAUGUAGAAAAGAUAGAAAUAUCAGACAUGGAAGAUAACUCUGAGGAUGAACAGUCUUUCGAAGCCAAAAUACUAAACAAUAAAGUUGAAAAACCUUUAGAUCCACGAGCAGGUAGAGUUGAUGUAGAACUGCCACAAAUUUCAUUUGAUCCUGCAGAGAUUGUUCAAUUACUUUCAAGUUAUAAGUUUUAUCCAUCUUCAACGGCAAAGUCACGGAGGCAACUUUCAAGAGUUCUGGGGGAGUACAAGGAAUUAUCAGAAGGUAAGAUGCCUCUUGGGAUAAAGAAAGUUAGAAAUCCUAUUUGGCAGAAAAAAGAUACAGAUGCAAAAAAGGGUGCUCUUCGUCUUAUCCAAUUUGACAAGACUUUGUACAGUGAUAAGAUAAACCAUAAAAGAAAAAGAGACGAACAAAUAGUUAAAUAUGAUGCAAACACUAAUUCAGAUGUAGAGCCUUCUAAGAAACAGAAGAAACAUGACUCAACUCGCGACAAACUUGACUUGAAGUUUGAAUUUAGUGAAAAUGGAGAGAAAUUAAAAACAAAAAGCUUAUUUAAGGAAGAUAAAGCAGGUAAAAAGAUCAAGUUAAAUUGCACAAAUGAUAUAAAAACGUCAAACAGAAAUAUUGAUUGUAAAAUGAAAGCAGCACUUAACGAGUGGCAAGUAUCUGAACUUAUAGAUCAAUGCACAUUAUCUACACCAACCUCUCAGAAAAACACUUUGAUUAAGAAAAUUGCCAAGAAACCCAUAACUAAGAAGACUAUAUCGGAAAACAGUAUUACACAGAAAAAUCAAGUGGUAGCUCUGAAAAAUAAGUCGAAUCAGGUAAAGAAGCAAACUAACGUGAACAAUUUUGUAUCAGCGAAAAAAAAGGUGAAGAUCGUAUUAAACCGAAACACUGAGCAACAUACAUCGGAAUAUAUUCAACAGGUUCGUAAAAGUCCGGCCAUUCCUUUCGACGCAAAUAAGAAGCCACUAGUUGGUGUACUAAAAGCGAGUGCUAUACCAAGCCCAGUUAAUCCCUUUUACAAAAAGGGCUUGCGCGGUUAAAGUAGCUUUUAAAUAUGUACAUAAGAAAUUGUCUUUUUAUAAUAAUAAUAAAGCUAAAAUAUCUAUACGUUA